UUCAAUUCCACAUGGCCUUUGUCAUUGAAAAUCAAAAUCCACACCUUUUAGGACAACCCUAGAAGAAGUAUAUAUAUUGCUCUCCCUCCUUCCCCCUUCUCCUCCUCUUUCUCUUUCUCUGCGUUUCUCAUCAGCACUCCUUGUCUCAGCUGCUUCCAAUCAAGCAAUAUUUGCUGCGUGUUUGAUUGACAAAAUUAUAUAUAUAUUAUAUAGUUUUUCAGAGGUAUAUCUAUUUGAUUCGUAUUUCUCUCCGCCAAAAUCGAUUUGGGUAAGGGGAUAAAGCAGCUCGAGAGAAGCAAUUUUCAUCAAAAUCUGCGCUUUUCUCAGAUCUGAUUUCAUUGGCUCUGAUUGUUAGGCUUCUUGAACAGAAGAGCCGAAUUGUGAAUGGGUCGAAAGAAGCCGACGGCGCGUGGGGACGACGAGAACGCUUCGGCUGCCGUGUCGAAGUCGAAGAAGAAGGCGCAGUUGAUCGACGAUGAUGAGUACGCCAUCGGAGCCGAGCUGGCCGAGGAGCCAGAGGCUCAGGAGGACAAGGUCGUGAUUACUGGGAAGAAGAAAGGCAAAAAGGGGAACACAAAAGCUCCGCAACCCAAGGAUGGGGAUGGUGAGAUCGAUAACGAAGAAGAGGAGGUUUCUGAGGUGGUGUUUGUUGGGAAGAAGAAGAAGGGGAAGUCGAAGAAAGGCGGUGGGAACGACGCUUUUGGGUUCGGGUUGUUGGGAGAGGAAGAGGAGGAAGUUGGUGAUGAUGAGGAUGGACGGUCUGUAUUGACGGGUGAGAAAGAUAGUGAGGAAGAUGAUGAGGAACAGACGGUGAGCUUUUCUGGGAAGAAGAAGAAAAAGAAUGACACUAAGAAAAGUGGUGGUAGUUUGUUCACUGCCUCAGCUUUUGAUGCCAUCGAUGAUGAUGAUGAUGAUGAAGCUGAGGUGGUUGAUAAAGUUGAGGAUGGUGAUGAUGAUGAGCAGGUGAUUGUGUUUACUGGGAAGAAGAAGAAGUCAACCAAAGGUGGUGACAAAGGCAGUCUCUUUACGGGGUCUGGAUUUGAUGGGCUUGGUGAUGAUGGGGAUGAGGAUGAAGAUGUUGCACCCAUUACGUUUUCGGGUAAGAAGAAGUCAUCGAAGUCUUCGAAGACGUUGAAGAAGGCCGAUGGCAAUGCGUUUAGUGCUGUGUUGGGCGAUGAUAAUGGAGAAGAAGCUGUUGAUGAUGAUGAUGUUUCUGCAAUUGCGUUUUCGGGUAAGAAAAAGUCGUCUAAGAAGAAGGGUAGUAGUGUUUUUAGUGCGCUGGGAGAUGGAGAUGAGGUUAGGAAUGUGGUUGAGACUGAGCAACCGAGUGUGGGAACUAGUAGUAAGAACGAAGAGGUGAAGGAUUCUUCAAAGAACAAGAAGAAGAAGAAGAAGAGUGGAAGGACAGCUGAGGAGGAGGAUGAUUUGGAUAAGAUUCUUGCGGAGCUUGGUGAGGGGCCUACGGUAUUGAAAUCGGCUGCUCUUCCUCCACAAGAGGAGAAACUUGAGGUUCAGCCUGAAUCAAUUGCUGUGGUAGAGGAGGGGGUUGAAGACGAGAAUGUGGAGUCUGCUGCGGCUAAGAAGAAGAAGAAGAAGAAGGAGAAGGAGAAAGAGAAGAAGGCAGCGGCAGCAGCAGCUGUGGCUGCUGCAGAGGAAAAACAGGAUGAAGUAAUAAAGCCUGAGCCAACUGAGGGAAAAAAGAAUGAAGGGAAGAGUAAAGGGGCUGAUAAGAAAUUGCCAAAACAUGUUAGGGAGAUGCAAGAGGCACUUGCUCGGCGAAAAGAAUUGGAAGAGAGAACGAAAAGGGAACAGGAGGAGAGGUUGAAGAAGGAGGAAGAGGAGCGGCUUAGGCAGGAAGAGCUUGAGAGGCAAGCAGAGGAAGCUAAGCGUAGAAAGAAGGAAAAGGAAAAAGAGAAAUUACAGAGGAAGAAAGCGGAGGGCAAGCUUUUGACUACAAAGCAGAGGGAAGAGGCUCGGCGGUUGGAAGCUAUGAGGAACCAGAUACUUGCUAAUGCAGGGGUGCCUCUUCCUUCUGCAGACACCGUUGUACAAACUAAACGACCCAAGUAUCAGAAUAAGAAGCAAAAACCAACUCACCAACAAGCAAAUGGUGCUGCCCCUGAUGAGGGAGUGGAGAAUGUAGAAGCAAAGGAAGAACCACAAGAGACUGUGACCAAGAUGAAUUUAGUAGAUUCAGACAAAGUUGAUGAGGAAUCAAUGGAUGUUGAGGAGGAAUCUGGAGUUGCUGAGGCUGGCGAAGAGAAUGGGUUGGAAGAAGAUGACGAUGAGGAUGAAUGGGAUGCAAAGAGCUGGGAUGAUGUUGCUGUUAAUCUUUCUAUUAAAAGUGCAUUUGCUGAUGAAGAGGCCGACUCUGAGCCUGAACCAGUGGUGAAAAGAGAGACAAAGGGUGCAGUACCAACUUCUCGCAAUUCUGCACCUCCUGCAACUGUCAAGCCAACAGUUGCUGCUAAGAGAAAAGAAGUACUGGUUUCAGAGGCUACCUCCAAGCAGAGUGAAGAUAACCUUCGAUCCCCGAUUUGCUGCAUCAUGGGCCAUGUUGAUACUGGUAAAACCAAGUUGUUGGAUUGUAUACGAGGCACUAAUGUUCAGGAAGGUGAAGCUGGAGGUAUCACCCAACAGAUUGGUGCAACAUAUUUUCCUGCUGAGAACAUACGCGACAGAACCAAGGAACUGAAAGCUGAUGCUAAACUGAAGGUCCCCGGGUUAUUGGUUAUUGAUACCCCUGGGCACGAAUCAUUCACUAAUUUAAGAUCGCGGGGUUCGGGUUUAUGUGAUAUUGCAAUUUUGGUUGUCGAUAUUAUGCAUGGUUUGGAGCCACAAACAAUAGAAUCACUUAAUCUUUUAAAAAUGAGGAAUACGGAAUUCAUUGUUGCAUUGAAUAAGGUGGAUAGGCUCUAUGGCUGGAAAGUAUGUCGCAAUGCACCAAUUGUGAAGGCCAUGAAGCAGCAAUCUAAGGAUGUACAAAAUGAAUUCAAUAUGAGGCUCACUCAGAUUAUCACUCAGUUCAAAGAGCAGGGAUUAAAUACUGAAUUGUACUAUAAAAAUAAGGAAAUGGGGGAAACUUUCAGCAUUGUGCCUACAAGUGCUAUUAGUGGCGAAGGCAUCCCAGAUUUGUUAUUAUUAUUAGUUCAAUGGACUCAGAAAACUAUGGUUGAGAAACUUACAUACAGCAGUGAAAUGCAGUGUACUGUGUUGGAGGUCAAGGUUGUUGAAGGUCAUGGGACAACUAUUGAUGUUGUAUUAGUUAAUGGUGUGCUUCAUGAAGGAGAUCAAAUAGUUGUUUGUGGCAUGCAGGGGCCUAUUGUUACCUCAAUUCGAGCUUUAUUAACACCCCAUCCAAUGAAGGAACUCCGAGUUAAGGGGACUUAUCUGCACCAUAAGGAAAUCAAGGCUGCAAUGGGUAUCAAGAUCACAGCGCAGGGCCUUGAGCAUGCUAUUGCUGGGACUGGUCUUUAUGUUGUAGGGCCUGACGAUGAUAUAGAGGAUGUUAAGGAAUCUGCUAUGGAAGAUAUGAAGUCAGUCAUGAGCAGGAUUGAUAAGACUGGUGAGGGAGUUUAUGUACAAGCAUCUACCUUAGGAUCUUUGGAAGCAUUGCUGGAGUUUUUGAAGUCCCCAGCAGUAAAAAUUCCUGUUAGUGGUAUAGGCAUAGGCCCUGUGCAUAAAAAGGAUGUCAUGAAGGCAAGUGUAAUGCUUGAAAAGAAAAAAGAAUAUGCUACCAUCCUGGCGUUUGAUGUCAAAGUUACACCAGAGGCCCGGGAACUCUCAGAUGAACUUGGUGUGAAGAUUUUUAUUGCUGAUAUCAUAUAUCACUUAUUUGAUCAAUUUAAAGCCUAUAUUGAUAAUCUCAAGGAGGAAAAGAAGAAGGAAGCUGCUGAUGAUGCAGUUUUUCCAUGUGUUCUUAAGAUUUUACCAAACUGCAUUUUCAACAAGAAGGAUCCAAUUGUAUUGGGGGUUGAUGUCGUUGAAGGAAUUGCUAAGGUUGGGACUCCAAUUUGUGUUCCUGUAAAGGAUUUCAUUGAUAUUGGAAAAAUUGCAUCGAUUGAAAAUAACCAUAAACCUGUGGAUAUUGCGAAGAAAGGGCAAAUGGUUGCAAUUAAGAUAGUUGCCUCCAGCUCUGACGAGCAGCAAAAGAUGUUUGGUAGGCAUUUUGAGGUUGAGGAUGAGCUUGUGAGCCACAUCUCAAGGAGGUCGAUUGAUGUACUCAAAGCUAAUUAUAGGGAUGAUCUGUCGAUCGAGGAGUGGAGGCUGGUUGCGAAAUUGAAGACUGUGUUCAAGAUACAAUGAAGAGGCACAUAUCACCAAAAGUAGCUUUUCAAGAUCCAAGGGAGUUUGUUUCAUACAAAGAUGCAAAGGAAUGUGGUGGAGAAAGAAGAAAAAGGGUUCAAAGUCAAAUCAUUUGGGUCACUCAGGGAAGAUUAAUGGAGUGGAGAAUGUGUUACAUUGUGUUGCGAGAAAGCCCUUCUUGUCUGUGGAAUUGGUUUGAUUUUUGUGAAAAUCAUGUGGUUUGUAAUUUUUGUAGCGGUAUAAGAAAGAGGUUGUAGAAGCAGGCAGUUGAGGAAAUGUAAUCGGGGAAUGAUAUCUAUAGAGGUGCCAUAUCAUGUUUGAUA